GGUAUCUACAAAAUGUCAAGCUGCUGGCUGUUACCAGAAAGGAUGACGCGGGAGUAAAAGAAAUGAGCCGUCAGACUGCUACAGCACUACCUACAGGUACUUCAAAGUGUACACCAUCACAGCGGGUGCCUGCACUGACUGGCACUACAGCUUCCAAUAAUGACUUGGCUAGUCUCUUUGAGUGUCCUGUUUGUUUUGACUAUGUGCUGCCACCAAUUCUUCAGUGUCAGAGUGGCCAUCUUGUUUGUAGCAACUGUCGCCCCAAACUUACGUGCUGUCCAACUUGCCGAGGCCCGCUGGGCUCCAUUCGUAACCUGGCUAUGGAGAAAGUUGCCAAUUCUGUACUAUUCCCAUGUAAAUAUGCCUCUUCCGGAUGUGAGAUAACUUUGCCACACACAGAAAAAGCAGACCAUGAGGAGCUGUGUGAGUUUAGGCCUUACUCCUGUCCAUGUCCCGGUGCUUCAUGUAAAUGGCAAGGUUCUCUGGAUGCUGUAAUGCCACAUCUGAUGCAUCAACAUAAGUCAAUUACUACGCUUCAGGGAGAAGAUAUAGUGUUCCUUGCUACAGACAUUAAUCUUCCUGGUGCUGUUGACUGGGUUAUGAUGCAGUCUUGUUUUGGCUUUCAUUUCAUGUUAGUAUUGGAGAAACAGGAAAAAUAUGAUGGUCACCAGCAGUUCUUUGCGAUUGUACAGCUGAUAGGAACACGCAAGCAAGCAGAAAACUUUGCUUAUCGACUUGAGCUAAACGGUCAUAGGCGGCGAUUGACUUGGGAAGCAACUCCUCGAUCUAUCCAUGAGGGAAUUGCAACAGCCAUUAUGAAUAGUGACUGUCUAGUCUUUGACACCAGCAUUGCACAGCUCUUUGCAGAAAAUGGCAAUUUAGGCAUCAAUGUAACUAUAUCAAUGUGUUGAAAUGGCAAUCAAACCUCUUCAGGCCAGUGUUGAAAACCAUUGCAUUUAACUUAGCAGAAACUAGGGUAACCAUCGUUGACUGUCAGACAAAUUAUUUGCUAGGUGGAGGAUAGACAUAUAUGAAGGUAAAUAAAAGGAGAGGCUGUUAAAUUACAGGAAGCAGUUGCAUGUAGUAACACUAAUAUAUUUAAAAUAAGUCAACAGUAAACCACUGAAAAUAUAUAUACACCCAAAAUGGGCAUCUUUUGUAUUAAGAAUUGAUUCUACAGGAAAUGUUGUAAAAUAAUUCUAAAAACUUGUUUGUAGAUUGAUUGUACUGUUGAAAAGGAUACUGUUUCGUGUUUUUGUUCGUGUUCUUUUCCUCCCCCUUUGACUGACAAGCCAUGUUGAGCGGUUUGGUCUCUGGCCGCUGCGUCCCGCUCCCCUCCUCCCCCCCUCCUUUGUAAGUCACUACAUAGUAUUGCUGCUGUUUGUGUAUAUUUUUUGUGUAUUUGCUAAUUUUUAUUAACUUCUAGUUUUUCAUUAAAUAAAUAUGACUUUCUUUUCUGUAAUUCAGGUUUUUCUCUUUUUUUUUUGUAUCUUUUAAAAAUUAACUGCAGGUGUCAUCUUUUGAUAUGCAUAAUUGCUAUGGUAAAAUUAAUAUUUCUGUAUGUUUGGUAAAUUUGUCUCUUUCCAGUAGUCAAUUCAUUGGUGAUGCUGUUCUUAACUGAGCUAUUUUGUGAAUGUAUUGAACUUGAAAGGAGUAAUUAUGUUCAAAGAUGUAUCAGGAAAGAAAGCUCCUUUAAAAACAGGUCUAGAUGUUGUUGUACUUUGAGUUAUGAUCUGACAUAAAUGAAUUACCAAGAUUUUUCCAAAUUAAAAAAAAAAAAUCACGUUUCAAAUUUAGAGAUGCUUAGAAACUCAAUUGCAUCCUUGUAUUAUUUGGUUUUCCAGUACAAAGAAGGUAUUGUCUUGCACAGUAUUUGUAACUAUAAAACAGACCAUUUGUUUAAAAAAAGCAAAAAAAAAAAAAAAAAAAGGGGGGGGGGGGGGCAGUCAGAACAAGAUGUUUGCAGUCUUUUUAUAUUUCUCAUUAAAAGAAUACCUGGAAAAUUAAAAUACAAUUUUUUGCUUUUUGCUUUAGCUCAAAGUUUGACACACUACUACUACUCUUGCUCAAUUUCUUGUCCUCAUGUCUCUUGGUUGUUACUAAAGUAAUUUCUUGAACUGAUUUUUGUAUAUCGUUUUAGUGACAUGAUACACAGUCAGAUGCAAGUAAUCUCUUACAGGUAUGAUUUCACCAGCCAUAAAAGCUUUGUAGGAUACUGGGCUUUACGCAGACUGCCUAUAUGUGAAAAAAUAACCAUGAAUGUAUAAUGGUAUUUGUGUUACAAAACAUAGACACGGAGACAGAAAAAAAGAGUAAGGUGAAAAGCUGUUUCAUCUUAAGCUAUUUAAAGGAAAUCUUUGUCAAACCUAGUAGUAAUGGGCAUCUGUUCAGAGAGGUAGUCUGGCUAUGAAUUACUUUUGUAACACAUUAAAAUACAGUUUAUUUACUGUG